CGAGCCACUUCUCUCGUGAGGUAAACAUCGAAAGCAGUUCUCCAUUGAGUUUAUCGUUCAGUGUUGUGACCACUUAGUGACUUAGUGCAGUUAUGUUUUCCACAACCAUGGAAGACACAAAAACAGACAUCAAAUCCAAAAUCUCGUUCAGUGUCGAAUCGCUGCUGAGCAACAAAAAAUCAGAUUCCGAAAAACUAGAACCGCUAGAGGAAGACUUGGACGAUUCGCGUUUAGAUUUAUCCAGUGAGCGUUUGGAGGAUGAAGACGAAAAUAUCACAGUCGACGACGAUGAUGAAGAUACAGACGGAAGAGAGAGUUUGAGUCCAAACUCAUCACACCAAGUCCUAGUACCUCAACCAUUACAUCCUUCUAUGCCCAGGAUGUUGCCCGGGCAUGGACAAUGGCCUUUUACAUGGGUCGGACCUGGAGGAAUUCUGAGAUCAUCGUCUCCACAAACAAACCUAGCGAAUAUGGCAGCAAAUGGACCACCAAUCGUAAGGUGUGCUUUAAGAAAACACAAACCCAAUAGAAAACCUAGGACCCCCUUUACAACCCAACAACUUCUAGCUUUAGAAAAGAAGUUCAGGGAUAAACAAUACCUUAGCAUAGCUGAAAGAGCUGAAUUCUCUAGCUCGUUGCGACUCACUGAAACACAGGUGAAAAUUUGGUUUCAAAACAGACGCGCCAAAGCAAAACGCCUCCAGGAGGCUGAGUUGGAAAAAAUGAGACUCACAGCUCGCCCCCAUCUGCUUCCUCCCACAUACGGGUUAUUCCACGGGGGUGCCCCCCUGAUUUCGCCCUUUUUGGCGGCGAUGGCCCACCGACCCCCCCACUUUGGAUUUACGGGGGGUCCGGUCCUGAACAUACCGCAAUGACAAUUAAAUUUCAGUGAUACGAACUAAAACUUGUGUACCUUGUAGUUUUAACAAAUUUUGUUGUCAUUAUUUUUUGUUAGUGAGAUGUUAGUGCCCCUUGUAUAUGUAUAUAUACUGUUUAGUGCAAUUUUUAGUUUUUUGGGGUGCUUUGCAAAAUUAUUGUAUAAAUAA